AUCUAAAAACUAAAAGGGGUCAUUUCUUACAAUAACGCCUGAAAGAGAGUGGUGAUCGGUGGAAGGAGGAGAAGAAACGAUGGCGGAUACGUGGGCCAGAGCUGCCGCCGAUGCCAUUCACUUGACUCCUACUCAGGCCGUUCUCUACCUUUCCGGCGGCGCUUCUCAGGCCAUCGGGUGGUUGCUCUCUGUUCCUGGAGCUUCCGGUACAGUCCUCGAAGCUCUGGUGCCUUACUCCAGGAAUUCCAUGGUCCAGUUACUAGGCAAGGUCCCUUCUCAGUUCUGCAGCCUUAGAACUGCUGAAGAAUUGGCUUUGCUAGCUUAUAAUCGUGCUCUGAAGCUAUCUAGGCCAGGUUAUCCUGUUCUUGGUGUCGGUUUUACUGGUUCUUUGGCUACCACUCAUCCAAAACUUGGUGAACACAGGAUGCAUAUGUCAACAAGAUCGUCUAACCGACAUUGGGUUUCCACAAUCACACUAUCAAAAGGUUUACGUACUCGGGAGCAAGAGGAGAUACUUUCUGGUCAUCUUUUGCUUAAGGCAAUUGCAAAGGCUUGUAAAGUUCCUGGAACCUUUGUUUCGGAUUUGACUCAAUCUGAUUUAGUAGAAGAAUGUGAAACACUAUUCACCGAGGAUGAAGAACUGGAGCAACUAAUAAAGGGGGAUGUUUGCUUUAAGGUGUAUCCAUUUUUAAGUGAGACCUUUACAUCAGAUGCAGAAAGGAAAAUAAUACUUUCUGGUUCUUUUAAUCCUUUACAUGAUGGUCACAUUAAGCUUUUGGAGGCUGCAACCAGCAUGUGUAGUGAUGGAUAUCCUUGUUUUGAAUUAUCAGCCGUGAAUGCUGAUAAACCACCCCUGUCUGUAUCACAGAUCAAAGAUCGUGUUGAGCAAUUUGAAAAAGUCGGAAAGUCGGUGAUCAUUUCUAAUCAGCCCUACUUUUACAAAAAAGCCGAACUCUUUCCUGGUAGUGCUUUUGUAAUUGGUGCUGACACUGCAGUAAGGUUAAUAGAUCCUAAAUACUAUGAUGGGGAUUAUAAGAAGAUGCUGGAAAUUUUGAUCCAAAUAAAAAACAGAGGGUGCACGUUCCUUGUCAGUGGCCGUGACAUCGAUGGUGUUUUCAAAGUUCUUGAAGAUAUUGACAUUCCACAAGAGCUAAGGGACACGUUUAUCCCAAUACCUGCAGACAAAUUUCGUAUGGACAUUUCCUCCACACAAAUAAGAGAACAACUAGGAAUUUAAACUUGUAGAUGAUUUAUUCUUGCUGCCAGAUCUUGAAAGUGUCAGACAAUGCUGCAUCUUGAUUAGGUAAGUAUGAUUAAUGUUUCAAAUAAAAUAAAAUAGAAACUCUUUUUAUUUUAUAGGACGUACAGGUUGGUUGGUGAAAUAUAUUUUUACAUUAUUGGUGCUAUAAACGGGGCAUUGUAAGGGUAUGACCCAAUUGCUAUUUUCAGUGGUCACUAGUGAAGUGAUUAACGAAUUGUUUAAAUUUGUUUUGAUGCUUGAGUGCCCUGUUUUUGGCA